AUGAUUAGCAACAAGGACUGCGGCUCCUUUGGGGUCGACAUCAUUCCAUUUGACACCAACCAUCUCUGGGUUCGCGAUACAGCGCCAGUAUACGUUAUUGGUAAUGAUUCAAGCCCAGAAAACAAAAACAAGCGGUUAGCGAUCAAUUUCAGGUUCCACGAAUGGGGCAACAAAAUCCCUCCGGAGCACGGAUCAGAGAUCGACUACGAGUGGCCAAACUUGGGUGAAGAUGAGAUUCGAAAAAAUGCAACUUUCGCCAAACGGGUGAUUGAAAACGACAUCCACCCUUUCCCAGCGACCUGUAUCGAAUCAAAAGUUCGUUUGGAAGGAGGCGCUAUAGUUUGUGAUGGCGACGGUACACUGAUUGCCAGUGAGAGCAGCAUCAUUGACAACGAAAGAAAUCCUGGACUGUCUAAGCAGGCUAUCGAAGAAGAGCUGAGCAGCUUGCUUGGAGUUGAGAAGUUUAUCUGGUUUCCGGGAUUUAAAGACCUGGAUGUCACAGAUGUUCAUGCAGACGCGGAAGUGCAGUUUAUUCGGCCUGGUGUUGUUGUUCUCUCUCGGCCUCAUGAAUCUGCCCCGAAAGAAUGGUGGGAUGUCUACGAGCAAGUGAAAAGAGCGCUCACACUUGAGAAAGAUGCAAAAUGUCGCCAAUUUCAAAUUCACACAAUCGAUGAGCCCGACCCGAAGUUUACAAAGAAUUCAAAGCAUGAGGAUCCUGCCACCAACUAUGUGAACUUCUAUUUUGUCAAUGGAGGGCUGAUUAUCCCUGCCUUUGGGGAUCCACAAAAGGACAUACAAGCACUGAAGACCAUGAAGGAACUGUGCCCUGAUCGAAUUGUCACGCAACUACAUGUCAAUGCUCUUCCUCUGAAUGGUGGCGUUAUACAUUGCUCCACCCAGCCUGUCGUUGAUAUCAGCGGCGGUUUCUGA